GCUGGCAGAAUAUGAGAAAGUGUCAGACCACGUGAAAGUCACCCAGAAAGACUUGGAGCAGGAUGGCUUUUCCAAGAACCCGUUCUUUCACGGGAUCAUCGCUGAGGUGCCAGAACAGCACAAAACCAAAGAAGGGUACACGGAAAUCGGCUAUGCACUUUAUUUCUAUGCUUACAGCUCCUGGUCAGGCAGAGCCAUUUAUAUGGAGGACCUGUAUGUGAUGCCUGAGUUCAGAGGGAAAGGUGUCGGUAAAGCACUAAUGAGCAAGGUGGCACAGCUGGCUCUGGCUGCUGGUUGCCACCAGCUCAACUUCACCGUCCUGAACUGGAACAAACCAUCGAUGGACUUUUACCUCAGCCAGGGCUGCUUUGAUGUUACUGGUACCAUGGGCUACCACUGCAUGCGCUGCGAGGGGGAGGCGCUGGAGCACCUGGCUCAACCAUCCAUCAUGACCUUGUGACCUUUGCUGCCAUGAGGUCAGCCUGCGCACUGCAGGAAUGGAGCACCACUCAGUGGCCUCUUUGCAAAACCUAACAACUUGAAGCGCCUACCUCAGCGUUACAAGGAUAACUGUCUGAAGGUCUGUGCAUAUAAGCUAAGAGUGCAGCACGCCUUUUUAAAUGAAUAUAGUUCAGAUAUGUGUUUAUUUUAUAAAUGGCAUUAAAUUGGUUUUCUAAUUUAGUUGCAGUUGUAUUUUUGCAGUUACAUGUAAUUUACAAUCAGUGGAUGUUCCAGUGUGUAACAUCAUAAAAUAAAGCUAAUUGUAUACAUUUCUCCUGAGGGUGUUUUUUGUAUUAAGUUACCAAUAAGACACAUAAUUAAGAUACUGUCUUC